ACAAUAUGGCGGAAAGUUAUUAUUUGACAUUUGACACAUAAUUUAGAUUAAUUUUAAAUUGUUUUUAUUUUAAAUAAUAGAUAAGUUUAAAGUAAAUUUUUUUAUUACUUAAUUUAUUGUGAUGUAAAGAAAAGUUAAUUUAUAAGUUUCAGUGUGUUUAUGAAAAAAUAUCCAUGGGUUAUGUUUAGAAAUAAUUUGAGAAGUUUGGAGUAAAUAUAAAUUAAAAUAUGGACAAUAACAUUUCGAAGUCAAACGAAGUAUCAUCGUUUAAAUUAGAACCUAUAACGAUUAUUUCUGACCCCUUGCAAGUUAAGUCAGAAGAUGAAGAAGAUGUUAGUGGAAUAAACAAUUUUAAUUCAAUGUCAUCAAAUACGAAAUUUAAAAAACAGAAACAAUUAAAUAUUGGAGAAAUAGAUAAUAAUUUUCAACCUCAAAUUGUUGCUGAACAAUCUUAUGUUUUCUUAACAAAUCAACGUUUGAAUAAUUCUAAUGUAAAAAUUCCAUCGACAAAAUAUAUGAUGAAUCUUUUAGAUUUUUUAAAAGAAGAUACUAAUGGUAAAGGAAUUUUAAAUGUAUAUGAAAAAAAUGGUAAAUCAUUAACAACAUCAGCGAGAAAAAAUUUGGUACACACAAUUAUUCAAAGGGAAAAAGAAGAAAUUUUACGCGACAUAAAAGUUGGAGAAGUUUUAAAUGAUUGGGAAAUUAGUAGAGAACGUUUUAUAAAAUUAGCCAAUGAAAUUGAAAUAAAUUUCAAUGGUGAAUCGUCAAAAACAUAUUAUAUGCCAUUUAAAACAGAUCAGGGACAAAAAUUAUUGGCAAAUGGAAAAUUACUUGAUCAUUUUCAAUAUGUUAAGAGAAUAAUGAGAAACGAUGGACUUCUUAAUUCAAAAUUUCGACGAACAUUACCUGAUGUAUCAUCUGAAGCGGAAAUACAAUCAAUUGAUAUUUCAGAAGCGGAAAAAAAUGAUUUGGAAUUUUUAAAAAAUCAUUCAGAACCAUUUGAGGAAGUAAAAACAAUUUUUUUAAGAACUCACAAUACAAGAAGAAAUAUUUUUCAAUUACAAGAAAUUAGUAUUUUCGAUUAUAUGUGUAAUAAUGUAAAGGCAUUACAUUUAAAUACAGAAGGGCCAAUUCUGAUUGAUAUUGACUUUGAUAUUCUACACAAAGGAAAAAAGUCAAUGCUGUUUGAAAAAUGGCCAAAAAUAAAAAAUCACAUAAUGCAUCUUUUAAGAAAUAAUAGUAAGGCUUGUGCCGAGGAUGGAGCUUAUAUUUUGGCACUAAAUACAGAACCUCCUGAUGUUCAAGAUAUUUUGAUAUUUUAUUUAUUGCAUUAUAUUACUGUGGACAAAAAGAAAAGAAAACGUAAUGAUACUCUGGAUAAUUUGAAUAAUUUAGUAAAUGAAAAGCCAAAUUCAUACGUUUUACACGUUGAGGAUGCCAGUGAAUUUGAUAGCAGUUUAGAAAAAUUAAAAAACUCAUAUAAUUCAACAAGUGAAAAAUUUCGUUCAGUAAUUGCAAUAGUUGGUCCAUUAAUUAAUUGUCAAGCAAUUUAUGUUGUGGUGAAUAAUAUUAAAUAUCAAACACAAUCAAUACUUGAAGCUAUUGAUUUAAAUAUAAAAUUAUUUCACGUUUUUAAUUAUAAAUUCAUGGGUAAUAUACAAUUUUUUUGGCAAUUUUUUCAAUUAAUUAUAUACGAAAUACAAAGUCCUGAGGAAUUUAUUUGUAUGAAAAAUCGUGUUUUAAAAGGAGAAAUUCAACAUAUUUUGAAACAUUCAAAGUGAAUUGUCAAUUAUGUUUUUCCAGUGUUUGAGAGAAAAAAAAAAAAACGUGACGAUUAUGACACAAGAGGUGUGUUGAGUGAAGACAGUAUUAUGCAAAUGGUUGCUUGCUGUUGGGGCUCGCCGCUCUCUUGAAAUUGAAACGCGAAAGUUAAAACGAGUUGUGAAUUGUUUGUUGCCCUUUAGCGAUACCACAAUUUGCAAGCAAAAAGCCCAUUAAGCAAAAGGCGUGUCUUUCGUCAACUUUGUGCCAUCUUUCACAUAUAUAUAUAUAUAUACAAUCAGAAGGGUGGAAAUUCCAAAGGCUAAUAAAAAAAAAACAACUGUCUCCACUUAAAAUAUUUACA